CGUUAGAUUUAUGUCAUCAAGUCAAUCAAGUUUGUUUGCCGGAACGGACGGGCUCAAUCGUGACUUUCAUAAAAUUAAAUUCAGGAAUUUACUCAAAAACAACGGCUAUGGCACCUACAUUGACGGAACCUUGCGUCUCGGAAUGGAUGAACGCGCCCCACAGCACCGGCACCUCCAUCAUGGCGUGCGAGUUCAACGGCGGAGUGGUCAUAGGAGCAGAUUCCCGCACCACAACUGGCGCUUACAUUGCUAAUAGAGUGACAGACAAAUUGACCAGGAUUACGGACCACAUUUACUGCUGCCGCUCUGGAUCCGCUGCAGAUACUCAGGCUAUUGCUGAUAUUGUGACCUACCAUUUGAAUUUCCACAAGAUGGAGCUAGGUGAGCCCCCACUCGUGCAGACUGCGGCGUCAAUUUUCCGCGAGCUGUGCUACAACUACCGAGACUCGCUUGUUGCUGGUAUCCUAGUAGCUGGAUGGGAUAAGAAGAAUGGAGGACAAAUCUACUCUGUCCCAAUAGGCGGUAUGGUUCAACGCCAAGCUGUUUCUAUUGGAGGAUCAGGAUCGACUUAUGUCUACGGGUAUGUGGACGCCAACUUCAAGCCUAACAUGACCAAGGAGGAAGCUGUCAAAUUCGUCACCAACACUUUGACAUUGGCCAUCCUCCGAGAUGGUUCCUCUGGUGGUGUUGUCCGUUUGGGAGUCAUCACGGAGGCCGGAGUGGAAAGAUCAGUGAUCCUGGGUGAUCAACUACCCAAAUUCUAUGAGGGUUAGGUUUUGUAUUUCCAUAUUUUAAAGUUAUGUAUAAAAUUUUCAAAAGUA